UAGUACUUUAGGGUAUUCCCCAGCUGGGGAAUUAUGACUGAGUGAUCAAACAGUAACAACAGGGCUUCACAAAGAUCACCAAAACAUCCAUCAUAAAUAUGGACGGAGAACAGGCACCAAAUCGAUUGAUCAUCAAUCUUGGCAAAUUACGUGAUUUCCUUACAAAAUGUCUCCUGUGUGUUGCUGCAGCCUGGAACCUCUGUUUCAGAUGCUGUCAAGAAUCAGGGGAAGACGAGCCUUCUGAAAACUACAACAAGGACAAGUUUUCACAGGAGUGCGGGGAGUACCUUGAUAGGUUCUGUCACUGGAGAACUUUAAGGGAAAGACGAUUCAAGUUCCUGCAGCUGAUUUACAGGUUUUUCCAUAGAAGAAACUCGGAAGAAGAAAAUGAAAAUGAAAAUAAAAGGGAAUCUGAAACAGAAAAUAACCAACCCGUGCAGAAUGAAACAGGUGUCAUCCACGAUAUGGGCUUGAGGCUGAGAAUCAGAAAGGGAGAACAAGCCAGUGAAUCAAGACCAAGCACAGGUGUGAUGGUUGACCAUUCUGGUUGUGAUGCUGAAGCAGAUGGACUGAGCCAAGGAAGCAACACUCCAGCUGCAUCAACUACAGAUGCUGCAGUAACUCCACCAUCCAACUCCUCCAGUGUUCCUCCUCUUCUUGAUGAUGAUGAUGAUGAUGCUGAUGGAGAGAGGGCCAUACUUGGCACAUCCGUGAUGCCCAGUCCUAAAACAAGGCCAACUGAAACAACCAGUCCGCUGACUCCAAUCAACAAGUCAGCUACUUCAGCACUGGCUGUUUUAGACCAGAACAACAGCCCAUCCCAACUCAUCAAACCCCCAGCUUCACAGCCUACGUCAGAUUCUUGCAGCAGCUUCAGUCCCACCAUGCAUGUUCCAACGAGCAACACAAGUCCCCAUUUGGACAGCCCUGUCCAUUCAACAGCAUCAGUAGCCACAGAGUGCUUAAGGUGAACAUCGAAAAGGAUCCACCUAGCCAAACUACAGAACCCAGAGAUAACUCAGGUCCAUCAGCUUUAGUUCUACAUUCAGAGGACAAAAAAGACCUCAGACACACAACCUCCUCUACCUCCAACUGGCUUGAUGGAAGAGGCAGGAGCUGAAGGUAUCGUUGCUUCAGACACAUCUCACUCUUUGCAGCAAUCCAGAGACAAGCUUAUACAUACCUUAAGUCUGGACGAUGCUGUUGAAAAGGAAUAUCCCAAGCAAGGUCCUACUGCUGCCUGGAAAGACAACCCAGUCAGUGGCAGGACCUUCACUCAUAUGCCUCCUGUUGUGGCUGCUCAGGCUGAAGUACAGAUUCUCAAGACCAAACCUGGAGGACCUGACAGACUGGGUAAAGCUGCAUCCUCCAGACUCCAGACACCUGUGUCAGACAGAAGCAGCCCUGAAGGCCUGACACCAUGGACAAAUGAAGCAAGGGAAACAGACAAAGAUGUCCACAAUCCAAACUCCUCAUCCAGCAAUGGUCCUCACGACACCUCCACACAACCUCCUUUGGCCUGCGCUGAGUCUGAUCUGACUUCAUCUGCAGCUUCUGAAGAAGCAAGCCGACAGGUGGAUUUAUCCUCUGAGCUGUCCGAAGAAGACGACGUCCAUAGUAAGCCAGAGAGCCUUCCUUCAGAUAAAGUAGACUGAACCUGUUUGACCUGCCUCAAGACUUUAUAUUUUAGGAAACAUUACUUUGCUAGCAAACUACAUGCAUAUAGUAUACUGGGGCUCUUUCUUGAGAUACUUUUAUUAAACUGCCACUGUGGCAGUAGCUACAUUGGAGAGAUAUCACACCCCUUUGAUAUAAGACUCAAAGAACACAAAACAUCUGCUGUAAAAGCCGACCACAAAUCAGCCCUUUCAGAGCAUAUAAUCAACAACCCCACCCACUCCAUUGACUGGCAACAGACUAGCAUCUUGUCUAGUACUGUUCUCGACAAGCAAAACGGAAAAUACUAGAAGCCAUCAACAUCAGGAGAUUAACCCCAGAGAUUAAUAGAGUUCAUUUGUAACAGUCGUGGUGGCCGUAGUCUAGUAUUUCAAGGUUUUAAGUAUAGAGUUAAGAGAACGCGACCGAACAGUGGGUAGAGAAUGCUUGCACAUCCACAUGGAACCACUUCAACACCAGUGGUGCCAGAACAACGAAUCAUGUGGAAGGCUGGCAUGCAAAGAUGAACAAGAGUGGGCAUCCUCAUCCAAACCUGUUUAAGUUUAUUAACAUUCUGCAGAGAGAACAAGCCCACACUGAAAUCAUCAUUGGCCAGAUCUUGUCAGGUGGACACAUGCCUCCUC